CAAGCUGUGACAGACUCUAACACAGACAGUAUAUGUAGUGUUUAGGGCCUGGCUUCAGGGCUUCCCUUGUGCUCCCAUGCGGAGCGGACCCCCGGGGGAGCUGACGCCAGCUGAGACUGAAAAACAAGAGUCCGUGGACUAACUUGCAUUAUGGCGGACGAGAGCCUGCAGAGAGAUGGCCCCAGAUCCUCCAUGCCGGCUGAGCUCCACUAUCCCCACUCUGAGUAUUCUCAGUGGAAGUUUAAACUGUUUAGGGUGAAGUCCAUGGAGAAGGCCCCUUUGCCCGGUCAGACACAGCCAGAGAAAGGAGCCUUGUUAGGGAUCACACCCCCUGCAGCUCCAAAUAUAGACUCUGAUAAUGGCAUGGGUCCAGGGAGUGUUAUGAAACUGUGCCUCGGGGGAAAAAGCAAGGAGUAUGUGGAGGGCCCUAGCCAGAGGGUAGAUAUGAAGCUACAGGAAAUGGACACCCACAUGAAUCACCUCAGGUGCUUGUGUCGUCUCUGUGGAGUCAUCCUCAGAAAAGUCAAAGGCCCGGUGCAUGAUGUUCAAGGACAUCUGGAUGAGAUUAGCAAAUGUGCCCUGCGUAGAAUGGGCUGCAAGUUUCCAAGCUGGCCAGAGAUCAUCCUCAAAGUCUUCAAAGUGGAUGUGACAGAUGACAUAGAAUCCAUCCACCCUCUGUCCUUCUGCCAUCGCUGUUGGGUUGUUGCCAUACGGGGAGGGGGCGUCUGCAGCUUCACUAGAACUAACGUCCCCGAGUGGAAACCCCACUGUUCCCCCUGCCACCUCUGCUCCCCCAGGAAACCGUCAUUCCAGCGGACAGGCAGAAAGAAGCGCAAAGUCAUUCCCCGAGCCCAGAGCCUGGCAAAAAGAACCAGGUGGGAGCACAGUGAAAGCAUUGUCGUUGGUGAGAGGAGGGCUCUGAGGCCAUUCGGAGAGCAUCAUCAUGUCCCUGUGCUCAGGCCAUGGAGGAAACAGAGCAUCCAGAGAGACCAGUGGGUAAGGAACAUCACCCACUGCCAGAAAGACCACCUGAAAGCCAGGCUGAUCUCUGAGAAGCUCCCUGUAGACUUCCUCUAUUCUUUCACCUGCCUGGUGUGUGACCACCUGCUCUCUGAUCCAGUCCAGGCCCCCUGUGGGCACCUCUUCUGCCGCAGCUGUAUUAUAAAAUACAACCACGUUCUGGGACCUCACUGCCCGGCCUGCAACUUGUCCUGCGCCCCAGAUGACCUCAGCUCGCCUGCCAAAGCCUUCUUAUCAGCCCUGCAUUCCCUGCCUCUGCUCUGCCCCAGGAGUGGCUGUGAGAAGCAGGUAAGGCUAGACUCAUUUAAAGCUCAUUGUCUGAGCCAUGAGCUGGAUGAACAGCACACAAAGCAGCAGUCGUCAGAACUUGACAGCUACCUGCUAACCAAUAAAGGUGGGAGACCCCGGCAGCACCUGCUAUCACUAACCCGUCGUGCCCAGAAGCACAGGCUGAGGGAUUUGAAGACCCAGGUGAAGGUUUUUGCAGACAAAGAGGAAGGUGGGGACCUGAAGUCUGUGUGCCAGACUCUGUUCCUGCUCACUCUGAGGUCUCAGAAUGAACACCGGCAGGCAGACGAGCUGGAGGCCAUGAUGCAAGGCAGAGGCUCUGGGUUGCAUCCUGCUGUGUGCUUGGCCAUUCGGGUCAACACUUUCCUGAGCUGCAGCCAAUAUCACAAGAUGUACCGGACUGUCAAAGCCACCAGCGGCCGCCAGAUCUUCCAGCCCCUGCACGCCCUGCGAACCACAGAGAAGGAGCUUCUCCCUGGCUUUAUCCAGUUUGAAUGGCAGCCAGCUCUCAAGAAUGUGUCAACAUCUUGCAGUGUUGGCAUUAUUAAUGGGCUCUCUGGAUGGGCUUCCUCUGUCGAUGACGUUCCAGCUGACACCGUCACUCGGCGGUUUCGCUAUGAUGUGGCACUGGUGUCAGCAUUAAAGGAUCUGGAGGAGGACAUCAUGGACGGGCUGAGAGAGAGUGGGAUGGAAGACAGUGCUUGCACCUCAGGCUUCAGUGUUAUGAUCAAGGAGUCCUGUGACGGUAUGGGCGAUGUCAGCGAGAAGCAUGGUGGAGGACCAGCUGUUCCUGAGAAGGCUGUUCGUUUCUCUUUCACUGUUAUGUCUGUCUCCGUCCUGGCGGAUGAAGAGGAGAAAGAGGUUACCGUCUUCACUGAGCCGAAGCCAAACUCAGAGCUGUCCUGUAAGCCCCUUUGCCUGAUGUUUGUGGAUGAGUCAGACCACGAGACACUCACAUCCGUCCUGUGGCCCAUAGUUGCCGAGCGCGAUGCUAUGAAAGAGAGCAGGCUCAUCCUCUCCAUGGGUGGACUUGCUCGCUCCUUCCGCUUCCAGUUCAGAGGUACAGGAUACGAUGAGAAGAUGGUGCGUGAGAUGGAAGGCCUCGAGGCCUCAGGGUCAACCUAUGUCUGCACUCUUUGUGACACCACUCGGGCAGAGGCCUCUCAAAACAUGGUGCUGCAUUCCGUCACACGCAAUCAUGAAGAGAACCUAGAUCGCUACGAAAUAUGGAGAACAAACCCCUUUUCUGAGUCCGUAGAUGAGCUGCGAGACAGAGUCAAAGGGAUCUCUGCCAAGCCCUUCUUGGAGACCCACCCCACGCUGGAUGCAUUACACUGUGACAUUGGCAACGCCAUCGAGUUCUACAAAAUCUUCCAGGACGAGAUUGGGGAGGUGUACAAAAAGGUCAACCCAAGCCGGGAGGAACGGCGCAGCUGGAGGGCAGCUCUAGAUAAACAGCUGAGGCAGAAUAUGAAGCUAAAACCGGUGAUGAGAAUGAAUGGGAACUACGCCCGCAGGCUAAUGACCCAGGAGACUGUGGAGGUGGUGUGUGAGCUGGUGCCCUCAGAGGAGAGGAGGGAGGCCCUGAGGGAGCUCAUGAGGAUCUACCUCCAGAUGAAGCCCGUGUGGCGCGCCACCUGCCCCGCCAAGGAGUGCCCCGACCAGCUGUGCCGCUACAGCUUUAACUCCCAGCGCUUCGCCGACCUCCUCGCCUCUACCUUCAAAUACAGGUACAACGGGAAGAUAACCAAUUACCUGCACAAGACCCUGGCACAUGUGCCUGAAAUCAUAGAGAAAGAUGGAUCCAUAGGAGCCUGGGCCAGCGAGGGGAACGAGUCAGCAAACAAGCUGUUCAGGCGUUUCCGGAAGAUGAAUGCACGUCAGUCAAAAGCCUUUGAGCUGGAGGAUGUGCUGAAACAUCACUGGCUCUACACUUCCAAGUACCUGCAGAAGUUUAUGGAAGCUCACAAGAACUCUGCCAAAAUCCUGCAAACUACUAUUGAUCCAGUAGAGAACCAGGAUUAUGAGGACAUGUCUCUGGAAGAUUUUGAGUUUUGAUUAUUCUUUCAAUGUGGACCAACAUUCACCAGCUUCAUAAUAUUUUAACUGCCUCUAUCAGCAUUAUGGACGUUUGUACAAAUGUACUUUGUACCCAUUCAUUGAUAUUUAGAAUGACAGGGGAAUGCAGCUUAUGGGUUUAAAGCCAAGGACUUCUGCAAUUUUUCAUACAUUGUAAAGUAUCUUUGAAAAUUUAAGCCACAACAAAAAAUUAGGAAAAAAAAAAAAAAAAAAGAUUUCUUGAACUCAAACAGAAUAAUUUGGAAGGUAAUUCUGCAGUAACUCUAAUUCUCACACCACCUUUUAAAAGUGUGUUUUACUGUUUUGAAUGCUCACUCUCUGCCUUGCUGUGUACGUGUAAAGAUAAAGAUGGGACAGCAGAGGGAUAUAGAAGUAACACCCAGGUUUCUUUUCUCUUGCUCUUAGCAGGAAAGUUCUUUUUUUAUCUUCACCGUCUGUGA